AUGUUGAAACCAAAAGUCAUUGCUCAAGUAUUGCGUCAAGCAACCCAUAAUGGAGUCCGAGCAUCAUUACUCAUGACCAGCGAAGGAUCGCUAUUAGCAUUUGCCGCCGAUAACGAUAAAUGCGCCAAAACUUAUGCAGCCAUUGCUGCCAACGUAUGGAGUACCUAUAAAAAACAACCCGCCAUCGGUACUUCGCUUGAUAACAACAUUCUCGCUACACCAAGAUUCUUGCUUUUACAAUGCGAGGAAGGAACCGUGUUCGUCACUUCCAUUGGUGCCAUGUUACUGUGCUUGGUAGGGGAAGAAUCCGUUGAUCUCGGUUUACUGAGAGCCAAGGCGGAUGCGCUAAGAAACCAUUUGGAUGAGCCUCUUCAAAAAGUAGCCUCAUAUCAAGACUACUAGUAUAUAUUGCUCCUUGCUUCGAUAUUUUACCAUUAAUUUGUAGCCUGAUACGAUACCAAGACACGAACAUGCUCACUGCAAGUAUGAUGUCAGCCAAUGUUCCUUGUUACACCCUAUUCGUACGCCAGCGCUAGCUCUGGUACGGCGACGCUACCUUGCCCGUCUUUGGUGAUCUCUAGUUUCACUGUGUCCACAUUAACUAUACAUUACACAAUAUACAUAAAAGCACGCUGGUAGUGGUAGCAACGGAGCCUUUGUUAAGCUU